AUCACUGACAGGUGUGUCUACUGGUGUUUCCGGAUGCCUUCUUGAUGUUCUUGGACGCAUCCGGCGUUUGCAAUACCAUAUCAGUAAGCAUGACACCUCCAGUUUGCAAUCUUGGUGAAGAAAUUGAAGAUACCAGGCAUUUUAAAUUUCCAACUCUACCGAGUCCCGAAUACCGUGAGAAUGACCCAUGGCUACCGUUUAGUACACAGACUGUAAGCUUAACUCCAAGUGUAAUGGUUUCCGAGGGCCCGAUUUCGAUGGAGACACAAUGUCAGUCACCAGAUUGGGGUGACACCCAUACAUUUCCACUUUUUAACUUCUCUGGAAAGACAGUCGGAAAAGGAUGCAGCUCCGUCCCCUACGAUAAAAUAGUUAAACUUGAAAAACGAAUGCGAUGUAAAACUAAGAAGACAAAUGAAGGUACAACUUUAUUGGAGGAAUUAAAAAAAAUACAGGGGAAGAUAGAAGAUAAUUUAAAGGAGGCCAGCCGCUUAACAGACCAAAUAGAAAAAGCAGUGAUCGGGAAAAAAGUUACAUUCUCAAACUUAAGGACAAUGUAAAAAAAACCUGAUUGUGUGACUGUGUGUGUGUGCCCAGGAUUCUAUCAGUAUAUGGACAUACAUUGUAAUUAUGCUAUAUCUAUGGAACUCUUUUAAACAAUUAUGUAGAUUUACUGUAAUCAGCAGAUUAAAUAUAUUUUUGUCAUGUUGUGGUUAAUAAAACAUAUAAAU